GAGUGUGUGAGGGGGUCUGAGUGAGGGUCUGAGUGAGGAGCGGGUCACGGACAGAGCCCCCGCCGCCAGCAGCGAUGAUCCGGGUGCGGUGUCUCCGCGGAGGUAGCAGAGGAGCCGAGUCCGCCCAUUUCAUAGGGAAUCUGGUUGGUCGAACUGUUGCAGGAUGGGUGCAGAAAUCUUUCCAAAGCACUCAGACUGCCGCUGCUACUGCAGCCAGAGAGAAUUCCUCUGUUACUGAUCACAAGGAUAAGGCUGAAGACUGUCCAGUCUGUUCCUACAAUGAGUGGGAUACUCUGGAAGAAGUGAUUGUUGGGAGACCUGAGAAUGCGUGUGUGCCCCCUUUUACAGUGGAAGUCAAGGCUAACACCUAUGAGAAGAAUUGGCCCUUUUACCAGAAGCAUGGAGGUCAGAAUUUUCCAAAGGAGCAUGUGAAGAAAGCUGUUGCUGAAAUUGAGGAGAUGUGUAAUGUUCUUCGUGGGGAGGGAAUCACUGUCAGGCGCCCGGAGAUCAUUGACUGGUCUGACUAUUACAAGACGCCAGAUUUUGAAUCUACAGGAAUGUAUGCUGCUAUGCCGAGGGACAUAUUGCUGGUGGUUGGGAGUGAAAUCAUUGAAGCACCAAUGGCAUGGCGUGCUCGCUUUUUUGAAUAUAGAGCAUAUCGGCCACUCAUCAAAGAUUACUUCCUGCGCGGAGCAAAGUGGACAACUGCUCCCAAACCACAAAUGUCUGACAAGCUGUAUGACAUGAAUUACCCCAUCCACUCGGUGGAGGACAGAAACAAACUUACAGCUGAAGGGAAGUUUGUAACCACUGAAUUUGAACCGUGUUUUGAUGCUGCCGAUUUUAUGAGAGCUGGGAGAGAUAUAUUUGUACAAAGGAGUCAGGUGACUAAUUAUCUGGGGAUCGAGUGGAUGCGGAGACACCUUGCACCAACAUACAGAGUUCACACACUUUCCUUCAAGGAUCCGAACCCCAUGCACAUUGAUGCAACCUUCAAUAUCAUUGGACCUGGCUUAGUGUUGGCAAAUCCAGACCGUCCCUGUCACCAGAACUUCCCGAUGAUUGCUUACCAAUCUCCAUAUGAGUGCAUCAGGCCCUGUUACUGUGUUCCUGCUUCCCAAGCUCCUACCUACCAGAUCAUACCAUUGAAGCAAUGGGUCCUGUCCUCAUGGGUCUUCAGAUUUUGGUGUGAGAAUUACAGCUCAGUAAAUCAUAUUACCACUAUUGUAAGACCACAUUGGGGUUAUCAAGUAACUAGUCUACUAUUAACUCAAUUUUUUUCUUGUUUUCCUUCUCCAGGAAUUGCAACAAUUAAAGUCGCCAUCCGCCAUGCAAAUUCGUUGGGGGGAGGCUUCCAUUGCUGGACAUGUGACAUUCGUCGCCAUGGCACUCUCCAAUCGUAUUUUGACUGAGUAUUGUAGGGGAUCAUGUCAUUAAUAAUUAAAAGGCUAAUGAAAAAUUGAUCUUUAUUUCAGGGGCCUGGAAUACAAAGAGAUGAAAAUUUUGUUUGUUAAAUACGGUGUUCGGGCAAAAUAGGUUUCAUAGACUAGACUUCUAUUUACUUAAUGGUAGGAGAUAAAUUAAGGUGAUUAAUAAAAUUGAAGGAUGUGAUAGAGCAGAUAGAGUAAAAUUCUGCUUUGGGGAAUCUUAAACAUGUGAAUUAUUUCAAACUUUGAGCUCAGCCAUUGGGGGUAAUGCCAGCAAACACUUCACACAAAAGGGUUGGGUUUUAUACUGAGACAGCACCAAGGCCAUUUGCUCCAUUGUGCCUAUGUCUAAUAUUUGUAAGAACAAGACAGUUCCUCACUCCCAUACUUUUCCUCCACUACCCUGACCAUUAUGUCCUUCAAAUAUUUAUCAAUUCCUUUGGUAGAUCUGUUGCUGAAUAUCCUUCCUCUGCAUUUUAUAGACUGUAUACUGUAGAUGAAAACAACUCACUGUGUAAAGUCUUCUUCCUCAAUUCACCUCUGGUUCUUUUGCCACCUAUGUUAAAUGUAUUCUCUUGAAUUACUACUCCUUCUGCAAUGUCUAUAGUUUCUCCUCUCUCUCAUCUGAAGUCUGUCAUCCCAGGACCCAUUUUAAUAAAACUCCAUUGCUUUCUUCCCAAGGCCUCAAACUCCUUCCUAAAGUGUGGAAUUAUACACAAUAUAUCAGCCAUUUGCUUUUGUAUUUCAUGCCUCUAUGAAUAAAGCCAAUGAUCCCAUACACUUAUGCCACAAUCUCUCAAAUUGUCUUAUUAUCAUCAAAUUUGGUGUUAAUAUACUUCCCAGCUCUCUUUGUUCCUCCACCCCCUUUAAAAUUAUAACCUUUUAAUAAUAUUGCCUCUUACCAUUCUUUCUACUGUAACUAAUCAUAUCGAUCAGUUGUUGAAAUUAAAUGCUCCCCCAGAAAAGAUGGAUAUGGAGAAAUUGUUGGUAGUCAAGGUUAGUAAUUGAUCUAACAUAAUAUCAGAACAAGUUUAAAGGCUGGAAUGGCCUCUUCAUUUUCCUUUGAUAACUGGAAUCGGACCUGAACACCCACACAAGCUGGUGAAUCACUUUGGUCAAGCACAUGCAUGAACUCUAGGUUUAUUUUGAACAAUGCCUUUUUGCUUAAAGCUUCCUUUCAUCAUUUAUUCUUCCUUUCAGAGAACGUGUUAAAAUUCCCUUGUGAUCUACAACAGAGGUUCUCUGGCUAGCUUCCAAACAUUUCCUCUUCUUCUAAUGAGACUGGCAUUGCAACUUCCCCUGUGAAAGUCAGCAGUUGUUUCAGGGUAAUUGACAGGCUAUACCUGCUCUUCCCUUUACCCAUGACAUUCUCAUUACUGGAAAUUUGGUUAGUUACUACACUGGAUCAUUUUA